ACAUCUGUCAAAGAUAAAAUCGGCUUGUUUGUGUUUCUGUCGCGUCUUGCGAACGUUCUAAUUUUUCCGAAGCCAAUAAAACACCGCAAAAAUGUCGUUCAAAGGCUCGAAAGUUCAAAAGGUGAUGGUACAGCCCAUCAACUUGAUUUUCCGCUAUCUUCAAAAUCGCUCCCGUGUUCAGGUUUGGCUGUACGAAAAUACUCAUUUGCGGAUAGAAGGACACAUCGUUGGUUUCGAUGAAUAUAUGAAUCUGGUUCUGGAUGAAGCUGAGGAAUACAACAUCAAAAAACAGAAUAGACGUCAGCUGGGCCGGAUUAUGCUGAAAGGAGACAAUAUCACUCUCAUCCAAAACGUUCAGGCUCAUUAAAGGCUACGGAAACGUUCAUGGUCGACAUUUAAAAUUAGUUAUUUUCUUGAGUGACAAUUAACAGUGGUUAAAAAUCAUUCGAACAAUUAUUAGAGUAAUGAAGGUCUACUUGGGCAGCCCUCAAGUUUGAAAAACUCUGUAAGAUAAGCUUAAAUGAAUAAAUGCGUGAAUUUAAA